AUCUUGCUCAGGACACAAAUUCGUUCGUAGUGUCUCCAGUCAACUGGCCUGGGGAUCCUCGCACGCUUGCACCUCAACGGGCUGUAGGCAGUACCUCGAGGUACAACCUGAAUACGGCAUGGAUUACAGCGCGCACCGUUUUGGAGCUCCUACGAUUUGGGUAUAUUGCCAGUGACAUCAUGGUCAUUGCGUUCUACACCGACCAAGUCGAGCUCAUCAAGGCAAUACUCAAAGACGCGCCUCUUGCGGAUGCGUUCACUGUCACAACUGUGGAUGGAGCGCAGGGCCAGGAAAGUAAGGUCACUAUCAUCGACGCAGUCAUGCAGGGCGCAGCAUUCGCUUCUGGAAUGAAUUUUAUUGGCGCUGACAAGCGUCGAUUCAACGUUGCUAUGAGCAGAGCUCAGGUCGGUAGAAUCAUCAUCGCGAACCAGAGUAUGGUCACAAAUCCGCGAGACAAGAGCGUUUGGCGUCGGCUGAUCGAGGACCAUGAAAAGUCGAAGCGCAUUCUUCAAGGUGGCCCUUUCAAUCAGGCACUACCAGAUGCUGCUGCUGACGCCAACAUUUUGGCCAAUAUGCAGACCUUCCAACACCGCGCUCAACCUGGAGGCCAUCAAUCACCCGGCUUGCGUCGUUACGGUGCCGCUCAAGAGCCACUGGACCGGACUUACGCACAAAGUGCCUUUAUCAGGGCUACAUACGCUCCCAUUGCGACUGCUGAUAUCUACCUGCGGCGAUACAAUCGAGACUUGCCAGCAGCUAUCGACAGAUAUCUUGCGGAACACGGCGACGAUGGGAUUGCGGUCGAGAACAUCCCAUAGAAGCCAGGAACGCGGCUUGCGCAGUUCUGCUGAGCAGAGUCCGAAGCAGUCGUUGUUGUCUGUCAAGAAGUCGAACAUUGAGCUCUCUCCAAAUACAGUCCGGUAGUGGAUGUAUGGAGAGCCCAACCUUCCAUAAUUCCGAGUCAAUUUUCAUCUAUCAAUUCCACACCGUCUUGCUACUUCUGACGCAUCCCUACAACCUGUCGCAAUCACAAGGGGAAGCCACGAUGAGUCGUAUUCCACAGCCGAAAAAGCCGUAUGGCACAUUGAGGGAUCAUCCCAUGAUGGAAUGAGAUCGCGAAGCAUUGCUUUCGAUACUGCAAUCCAGGACCGUAUUCGCGCUUAUUACCGCGCAGAGUCCAGACUUGUGAAGCGGCCACGAGGUUCCAAUUGUGAACAGUCGUACCGUUUCCAUUUGAGAGGCAUGUGCAUCACAAGUGCGCGCAAUUGAUGGCUUGAAAAAAAGCUUGGGGUUUUCCGUUCUGAGAAUAUUUAAUAGGGGUUUUGUCGCUGAGAAUUGUAGAACUACUG